AUGCCGCACAAAUCUCGGUGGUCGAUCGACAUACCAACCCAGUCGCUGCCCUCCUAUGUCUUUGAAUCUCCCACAGCGGAUCUGGAGGACAAACCAAUCAUCAUCGACGCCGAAUGGCCGGAAGUGCACCUCACGCACCGCAGCUACCGAGAAUGGGCCAAGCGGCUGGCAGCAGGGCUCCGGAAGAAGGGCCUGCAACCCGGCGAUCGCAUCCUCCUCUACUCUGGCAACACCGUCUUCUUCCCGGUGAUUAUCAUGGGCACCGUGAUGGCCGGCGGCAUCUUCACGGGCGCCAACCCGAGCUACGUGGCGCGUGAACUGGCAUAUCAAUUGAAGGACUCCGGCGCGAAAUUCCUCAUCACGGCAGAAGGUAGCCUCGACACGGCAUUAGAGGCGGCAUCCAGCCUCAAAUUCCCCCGCGACCAUAUCUUCGUCAUGGGCGAUGGGUCAGAGAUGUUCAAAAGCCAGCAGCCGAAGGCGUCGCGAGGCUUGCAGCACUGGUCGACCCUCCUCGCCCCGGCCUCCGAAGGCUCCAAAUUCGCGUGGAAAGAAUUCAACUCGCGAAAGGAGAUGAACGCCACGGCCGUUUUGAACUACUCGUCCGGGACCACCGGCCUGCCGAAAGGCGUGGAAAUUUCGCACAUGAAUUACAUCUCGAAUUGCGUGCAAACGGAUUACAUCGCACGCCUGGAUCCGGAGUACGAGGAAAAGGUCGGCCGGGCGAAAGUCCUAUCUUUUCUGCCCUUGUAUCACGCGUACGGACAAACGCAUCACUCCGUCUCGUCCGUCCGCAAAGGCAUACCCGUGUACUUGAUGCGGAAAUUCGAUUUCAUCAAAAUGCUGCAGUGGAUACAGAAGUACCGCAUCACGGGUCUUCCGCUCGUGCCUCCGGUCGCUGUCGCGUUGGCGAAGCGGAAGGAGGUCAGAGAUUAUGACAUUUCCACGGUGGAAGGGGCCGGAGUAGGCGCCGCGCCGCUGAGCUCCGAAUCGAUCAACGAUUUUGAGAAGGCGUUUGGUCGGAGGUUCCAGCUCAAGGCUGGCUAUGGGAUGUCCGGGAAAGAAAUCACUUGCUCGGCCACUGGAUGGGAUCCGACACGAGAGUCCGACCCGAGCAAAGUUGGAGAGCUGAAUCCCAAUAUCGAGGCGAAGUUGGUAGAUGACGACGGGAAGGAGGUGGCCGAUGGCGAGCGAGGGGAGCUGCUGAUUCGUGGGCCGAAUGUGAUGAAGGGGUAUUGGAAGAAGCCCGACGCAACGAAGGACACGAUGACGGAGGAUGGAUGGCUGAAGACCGGCGACAUUGCGAUUUACCAUUCGGACGGAUGCUUGAGCAUCGUUGAUCGGAAGAAGGAAUUGAUCAAAGUCAAGGGCAACCAGCUUGCUCCUGCCGAAUUGGAGGGACUGCUUCUGGAGCAUCCCGCAAUCUCAGACGCUGCCGUUAUCGGCGUGACAGUGAGGUACAUCGACCAAACUAACAAGACGCGUGAUAGAUCGGGCGAGGAAAAGCCUCGCGCCUACGUCGUCCUCCAACAAGGCCAGUCGGCGUCGCCCGAAGAUAUCGCCAGCUGGCUGGCGGAGCGCGUGACUUCAUAUAAGCGUCUUACGGGAGGUGUGAAGUUGGUCAAGGAGAUUCCCAAGAACCCGUCGGGGAAGAUUCUACGCAAGAUCUUGCGAGAGCAGGCGAAGGAGGAGUUGGAGAAGGGAGGGGGGCGCAGAGAGAGUAAAUUAUGA